AUGCAAAGGCUGAAGAAGAAAUCAACUCUUCCUGGACCAACACGGUCAGGGGCGGGUUUCUUGGCAAGUUCCAAGAAACGACAGGAGCAGUAUUCCAUUUCCUAUGAAGCGUACCGCCAUUUCGCCUUUUUCACUUCUCUCUAUCUCUCAGUCAUGGGAAAACCUGCUGCAGCCCCAGACGUGGUCAGCUGGUAUCUCAAGGAGAAGUGGUACUGCAUUCCCUCGGAAAUUCCCCAGGCCCUCACCUCUCGUGUGUAUUUGCGACUCGUCAACAAUUUAAUAGUCGACAACUGCGUUGCGGUCACAGGCGUGGACGCAGAGGGCGCUCCCUGUCUAGAAGAAGGAAAGAUGUUCCCUUUGUGGGCGUGGAAAGACGAAGUGUUUGAGUUUGAUAGCAAAUCGCAGCACUCUCAUCGGCAUUUUCACUUGUGA